AUGGCCAGCGACGAUGUCGGUGCAGCAGUCCUCCACGAUCGAGGCGUAACGACCUCGCCAACCUCGUCCAACGCUUCUGUCGCCUCGACACGGACCUGCCGGAUCUGCCUCGACGAAGGCGACGAUGAGGUGCUCGGGAGGCUGAUAGCGCCGUGUCGGUGUACUGGGACGAGUCGUUACGUUCACGACGGGUGCUUGUUGAGCUGGCGAACGUCUGUCAAAGCAGAGAGCUUCUAUGCCUGUCCUCAGUGCGGAGCGCGGUACCGCUUCCGAACAACUCCCGUCUCAUCUUUGCUCGGACGAACCUACUCGGCAAAUGCUCUCGCCAUCCUCAUCUCGCUUUGCCUCGCCAUCUUCUUCGGCUUCUUGACGGAUCCGCUGCUGCGACUGACGGAGCGCGAAAUGCUGAGCUUCGGGAGCGAGCAGCUACCUCACCACUGGUUCGAUGAGCACCUCGCAGCCGGCGACGCGGUCCGCGAAACCGCCUCCUUCACCGGCUUCCUCUUCCGCGACUGCACCUGGUCGUCGGCACGCGAGUCGUACUGGGAGCAAGAGACGACUAUCUCGGAAGAUCCCACGCCGUUGCCAAAUCCUGUCAUCAACAUGAAUAUCCAGGACGUCGAGGUCAGGCGGAACCUGACGAAUUGCGGGCGGUUCUGGGGGAAGCGGUCGGACGACGAGACACAAGUGCAGGGUGUAGGGAAGGCGGUGCUGCACGUCGUUCGCGGGUUCGCGCUCUUCUCGCUUGCUCGAGCUUUCGUCGGCCGAUUAGUUCGACAAUACUUCCUUCUCGCCAUCACGCUGCGGAUGGUCUUCCCAUCGCUCGGCUGCAAGCUACCCUACAACUCGUUCGCCGACCUCAUCUCCGCGAGCUGGCUCGGUAUCGACGCUUCCUUCUUUGCCGAUGUAGUCAAGAUGGUCCGGCGUCGAGCGAAAGUCGCACGAAGUCAAGACGAGAUCGCGUCGUGGUGGCAGUUCCCGCUGGUCAUGUGUACCUUCUUUACCGCUUUCUUCGCCUUCCGCUCCAUCCUCAGCUUCUCACAAGGGAUUGUCAAGGCAGCACUUGCACGGGUGGAGAGUCUGGUAGUCGAUCUGAGCGAGGAGGACGAUGCAGUAGAGCGGGAGCAGGUGCAAUAUACUCGCUGA